CCCGGACGCGCGCAGGCCGCAGAGCCCCCCGGCUCCCGCGCCCCCUCGGUCCUGAGACUUGGAGCAGACUUGGGGUCCAGCAUGAAGCCCCCGGAUCGCCCGGCCCCUGGCCGCACCGACCGGAUACUGGGGGUCAUGGGGGGCAUGCUGCGCGCAUGCGCCCUACCCGGGCAGGAGGGGCCUCCGAAGAGAGCGCCGCUCGGGCUGGGGGGCACGGGGCCGGAGUCCGACUGCGCAGAGGGGGGCCAGCCCGGGCCCCGCGAGCCCGAGGUCCCCGCCUGGGCCGCGCCGCCGGAAUCCUACUCCGUGGCUGGCAGUGAGGGAAGUAUCUCCGCCUCUGCUGCCUCGGGCCUGGCUGCCCCCUCCGGCCCUAGCUCUGGUCUCAGCUCCGGCCCCUGUUCCCCGGGCCCCCCAGGGCCAGUCAGUGGCCUCAGAAGAUGGUUGGAUCAUUCCAAACAUUGUCUCAGCGUGGAAGCGGAAGCGGACAGUGGUCAAACCGGGCCGUGUGAGACCUGGAUGCUGGAACCUACUCUAGCCAGCGGAGAGGAGCUGCCAGAACUGACCCUGUUGACCACCUUGUUGGAGGGCCCUGCGGAGAAGGCUGAGCCUCCUGAGGAGGAGACGUCUUCCCAGGCCCCUGAGAGCGAGGAGGAGCAGCAGCAGAAGGCUCUGGAAAGGAGUAUGUAUGUGCUGCGUGAGCUGGUAGAGACCGAGAAAAUGUACGUGGAAGACUUGGGGCAGAUUGUGGAGGGCUACAUGGCCACCAUGGCUGCCCGGGGCGUCCCGGAGAGUCUUCGAGGCCGGGACAGGAUAGUGUUUGGGAACGUGCAGCAGAUCUACGAGUGGCAUCGAGACUACUUCCUGCAGGAGUUGCAGCGCUGCCUGCUCGACCCUGAUUGGCUGGCUCAGCUCUUCAUCAAACACGAGCGCCGGCUGCACAUGUACGUCGUGUACUGUCAGAAUAAGCCCAAGUCAGAGCACGUGGUGUCAGAAUUUGGGGACAGCUACUUUGAGGAGCUCCGGCAGCAGCUGGGACACCGCCUGCAGCUCAGCGACCUGCUCAUCAAGCCUGUGCAGAGGAUCAUGAAAUACCAGUUGCUGCUCAAGGAUUUUCUCAAGUAUUACCAGAGAGCUGGGAUGGGUUCCGAAGAGCUGGAGCAAGCCGUGGAGGUCAUGUGCUUCGUGCCCAAGCGCUGCAACGACAUGAUGACCCUGGGGCGACUGCGGGGCUUCGAGGGAAAACUAACCGCUCAGGGGAAGCUCUUGGGCCAGGACACUUUCUGGGUCACGGAGCCCGAGGCUGGCGGGCUGCUCUCUUCCCGCGGCCGAGAGAGGCGCGUCUUCCUCUUUGAGCAAAUCGUCAUCUUCAGCGAGGCCCUGGGCGGAGGGGCGCGCGGGGGCUCGCCGCCGGGAUACGUGUAUAAGAACAGCAUCAAGGUGAGCUGCCUAGGACUAGAGGGCAACCUCCAAGGUGACCCCUGCCGCUUUGCACUGACCUCCAGAGGGCCAGAGGGCGGGGUGCAGCGCUAUGUCCUUCAGACCGCAGACCCUGCCGUCAGUCAGGCCUGGAUGAAGCAAGUGGCUCAGAUCCUGGAAAGCCAACGUGACUUUCUCAACGCGCUGCAGUCACCCAUUGAGUACCAGAGACGGGAGAGCCAGACCAACAGCCUGGGGCGGCCAGGAGGGGCCGGGGUGGGGAGCCCUGGGAGGAUUCGGCCCGGGGAGCGGGCCCAGGUCAGCGCACAGACACCCGUCAACGGCUCUCUCCCCUCCUUGCUGCUGUCGCCCAGAGGGGAAGUGUCCAGAGCCCCGCUGCUCCUGGAUACACAGGGUCUCAGCGACACCCCCCAGACUCCUCGUGACCCUCCUCCAGUUCCACCGAUUCCAAACACCCCUCCCUGCCAGGCCAGACUCGCCAAGCUGGAUGAAGAUGAGCUGUAACCACGAAGGCCGCGGGGAGGUGCUGACUGCACCACUCUGUUCCCUGAGGAACUUCAGGGCUGUCCUCCCGGCACCUCCCAGGGCCCCCCGCCUUUGUCCGGAGGGUGGGCAAGGCUGGGAGCAGUGUCAGCCGGGAGAAGGUCCCUGGACCCGAAAGGACUUCUUUCUGCCCAAGGGCCCUGAGUUCCCUCACCUCCCACCCCGUGCAUGCAUCAUCGGUCCCCCCAGAGGAAGCCGUGUGGGAGGGAGGGCGGGCUGGGGCGAGGGCCAGGGAGAGAGAACUGAUUUUGCCUUUGAUUUUGGUUUUUCUGUUUUCUGAGAAUAAAG